AUGGCGUCGUCUGCAGAUGCUCUCACAGCUACCUUCUUCGACAAUUCUCGGUAUUCUGACAUAGUCAUCAAGUUCGGCGACAACAGAAUCCGCGCUCACAAAGUCAUCCUUGCGCAGCAGUCUGGCUACUUUGCUACUGCUUUAUUCAGUCGCUUCCAGGUUGCAACAAACCCUGUCAUCGAUCUUGGUGAUGAGGACGAUCCUGAGCUGCUUACCGAUGUCAUCAAAUACCUUUACCGUCAGGGUCCCAUACACGACUAUCUCUCCAACCUCAUGUUUUCAAUGGAUCGCCUCCUUGAACUCUACUUGAUCGGAGACAAUGACGUCUUCAUAGACUGUGUGUCCAAGAUCUGUGGUCCAUCUUCUAUCCAGCUUGCGGACAACACGCUACAAAACGUGGUCAUGGAUAUUUGCCAGCAGAAAUACAAAAAGCUGCUCAGCGAUGAGGUAUUUCUCAAGCACUACAGAGAAGGAGAACUAUUCGACAACAAGAACGCAGCUGCUUUCGGCUUGCAACUCGGGAGACGGCUGCUCGAGGAUGAUUGGUUUGAGAAGGUCGGUGGCUUCUCAGAGUCUCAUAUCGAACUUAUAGACCGCGGUCCUCUGAAGAGGGCAAUGAACAACUUCUUCAACGAUAAGAGACUGUCCGACAUGACCCUCAUCUGGGGCGAUGGCCAAAAGAGUUCCGCUCACAAGGUUGUCCUGGCCGGCCACUCGUCUCAUCUACGGGCUAUACUCGAAGCUUCUCCUACUGUCAGUUUUGCCAGUUGUGACGAUGGAAUAUUAGGCUCACAUGACAAUAGAUCGUUGNAGAUUGACCUUGGUACCGAGUACGACUCUGCUGCAACAGCAGCCUUCAUCGAAGACAUGUACACAUGCCACAACACUGCUUCGUUCGACUCAAGCUCCGAGCGCUCUAUUCCAUGCCUUGCCGAGCUUUAUCUGCUGGCAAACAGACAUGGGCGUGACGAUACAGCCCAAGAAUACAAAAAUCAAUGCGCAGGUGUGCUGAGCAAGCAGCUAUUCACAGAUGAGCUGCUGUCACAAGUGGCGACUCUUUGCGGGCCAGACUCUAGAUAUACCGAUACACCGCUUGCCGAGACGGCCUUCACAAAUAUUCUGCAGCGCAUCCAGGUCAUAUCAGAAAAUGGGGAGCCACCCCAUACACUUGAGGACAAGCUUGAGCAAGGAUCUUUGUUCAAUGCCACAUUUACUAGACGCUUUGCUAAGGAGAUACUUGCCAGUUAUUGGGUGGAAAGACAAAAUGUCAGA